GGCAAUUUUAAAAGUGGAAGACCUUUUGAACGUCACUAUUGUGACUCCUAAAAAAUAUUUUUUUUUCGGUGGUUCAUACAUCACCCUUUUCUUGUUUAAAACAAUUUUUUUCCUUUCAUAUUCCAUUUUUUUUUUCUUGGAAUUUAAUUAUCAAUAAAAAAUGGCAUCUUCUGCUACAACAAGUAACAAUGUCGAACAAAUGAAUGAAGCAUUUGAUACCAUCCUUAUUUUGGAUUUUGGUUCUCAAACUUCUCACUUGAUUGCUCGUCGUAUUCGUGAAUUCGGUAUUUAUUGUGAACUUUUGCCCUGUACUCAAAAGAUGGCCGAGCUUCAUUUCAAGCCAAAGGGUAUCAUCUUAUCUGGUUCUCCUUACUCCGUAUAUGAUCAUGAUGCUCCUCGUGUGGAUCCUGCUGUGUUUGAUGCUGGUGUCCCUGUUUUGGGUAUUUGUUACGGUCUUCAAGAAAUGACCAAUUUGAUGGGUGGUAAAGUUGAAGCCUGCGAUCACCGUGAAUAUGGUUAUGCCAUGUUGGAAAUCAGCAAGUUCCCUGAUCACCCUCAUGCCGAUAAGCUUUUUGAAGGUCUUGAAAGCCCCUCUCAAGUUUGGAUGUCUCAUGGUGAUCAAGUCACUGCUCCUGCCGAAAAUUUCAUGGUUGUUGGUACCACCAAGACGGCACCUUUCGCUGGUGUAGCUCACCAAGAAAAACCUUUCUUCGGUAUUCAAUUCCACCCUGAAUUGUCUCACACCGCUUGUGGUAAGGACAUUCUCCGUAAUUUUGUCAUGAACAUUUGUGAAGCCAAGGCUUCUUGGACUAUGGAAGAAUUUGUUGAAAAAGAAAUUGCUCGUAUUCGUAAGAUCGUUGGUCCCACGGGUCGUGUCAUCGGUGCUGUCUCUGGUGGUGUUGAUUCCACAGUCGCUGCCAAAUUGAUGCACGAAGCCAUUGGUGAUCGUUUCCACGCUAUCUUGGUCGAUAAUGGUGUUAUGCGUUUGAACGAGUGUGAAAAUGUCAAGAAGAUGUUGAAGGACAAGAUGGGUAUCAAUUUAAAGAUUGCCGAUGCUUCUGAUUUGUUCUUGGAUCGUUUACAAGGUGUCACUGAUCCUGAAAAGAAGCGUAAGAUUAUUGGUAAUACUUUCAUUGAAGUGUUUGAAGAUGAAGCUGCCAAGGUGGAUAAGGAAUGUGGUGGUCAAAUUGAAUAUUUAUUACAAGGUACUUUGUACCCCGAUGUCAUUGAAUCUAUCUCCUUUAAGGGACCUUCUGCCACCAUCAAGACUCACCACAAUGUCGGUGGUCUUUUGGAAGAUAUGAAGCUCAAGUUGAUUGAACCUCUCCGUGAACUCUUCAAGGAUGAAGUUCGUGCCUUGGGUAAGAUUUUGGGUUUGGAUGACGAACUUGUCUGGCGUCAUCCCUUCCCUGGACCUGGUAUUGCUAUCCGUGUUUUGGGUGAAGUUACUCGUGAACAAGUUCAAAUCGCUCGUUUAGCAGAUAAUAUCUACAUUGAAGAAAUCAAAAAGGCUGGUUUCUACCGUCAAAUUUCUCAAGCUUAUGCCGCUCUUUUGCCCGUCAAGGCUGUUGGUGUUAUGGGUGAUAAGCGUACCUAUGAACAAGUCAUUGCAUUGAGAGCUGUCGAAACUAGCGAUUUUAUGUCUGCCGAUGUUGUUACUGGCGCUGAAUGGUUCAUGACCUUGAAGCGUAUUUCUUCAAGAAUCAUUAAUGAAGUCAAGGGUGUUAAUCGCGUCGUUUAUGAUAUCAGUUCUAAGCCUCCUGCCACCAUUGAAUGGGAGUAAUUUAUAUCAGUCUAGUGUCUUUUUUUUUUUUUUUUGUUUUAUACUUUCCUUUUAUUUUCUUUUCUUUUAAUCCUGUAAAAUAUACAUCCUUUAACCCUCACCUUUUUUCUUUAUUUUAUAUACAUAAUAUUUUUAUAGACAUGAUUUUUCUCGCUGAACAUCAAUAAAAUCAGAUCUCUUCAUAUUUGUGCGAUAUCCUUUUUU